AUGACGAAAAUUGUAAUGGUAAUAAACGAAAAUAAUGAUAAUGAUGUUUAUGAUGAUAAAAAUGACGAAAAUGAUGAUGAUGAUGAAAAUGAAGGUGGCAAUGACGGAAAUGAUGAUCAUAAUGACAAAAAAACUGAUCAAAAUGACGAAGAUGAAGAUGGCAAUGACGAAAAUGAUGAUGGUAAUGACGAAAAUGAUGUACGAAACGAUGAAAAUGAGAAGGAAAAGACAAAAACGAUAAAUGACAAAAAUGAUGACGAUAAUGAAGAAAAUGAAGAUGGAAACGACGAAAAUGAAGAUGGUAAUGACGAAAAUUCUAAUGGCAACAACAGAAAUGAUGACAAUGACGAAUAUGAUGAUGAAAAUGACAAGAGCGAUGAUGGAAAUAACGAAAAUAAUAAUGGUAAUGAUGAAAAUGAUUAUGGUAAUGACGAAAAUCAUGAUAGUAAUGAUGAAAACGGUAAUGAUGAUGGAAAUGACGGUAAUGAUGACAGUACUGACGAAAAUGAUAAUGGUAAUAACAUGAAUCACGAUGAUGAUGACGAAAGUUAUGGUGAUUAUGACGAAAAUAAUGAUGAUAACGAAAUUUGUUAG